CUGCAGACGGCUGUUGCGAACACUUGAUCGGCGAACCCAAAUCUAAACAGACGCGAAUUCUUAAAACUAUGCUGUAGACAGAUUUGAGUUCUUAAACUGCAGUCGCAGGAGCACGACGAGAAACAUGGCAGCCAAGCGGGCGGAAAGUCCCGAAAAGCGAAGAAGUCCGGAGCACCAGCAGCGAGGACUUACCACAAGGGUGGCACUUCGGCGUCUGCAUGAGGAGAUAGAACGGGUGCUGCUGGAGCAGGAGCGGCAGUAUGGCGCGGAGAGCUCCUAUCGGAAGUUGCGGGCGGCUUUUGUAAAGCGGUACGAUAGUCCGCUAGGCUGGCUUUCCAUAGGCGCCACUUUGUUGGCCAGUGGAGCACUACUCAUCACGGGCAUGUUGUGGCCCGCCAUAUGCCUGCUAGUCAUCCUGUCACUUGACCUCUUCGUGGUGGUCCGGGAAAACAAUCUGCGCCGUACAGAGAUUUAUCGAAAAACGCGGCAUGCCCUUGGGGAACUCCAUUUGGCGGAAAAGCACUUCAGUGACGACUGGCAGCCGGGCAACUACCCACACCUUAGCAACCCCAUGUCACCGUGCGUCUCCCUGCAGUGGACCUAUCGCGACGGGAAAAUUGUCAAUCUACCGUGGGCUUUGUUAGUGCGCGGGGACCACAUCGUCCUACGGCCGGGUCACAUUUCGCCCGGCCCAUGUCACGAAGUAGAGACUAACAAGUUCUUCGCGGUGAAUGAAAUCUAUGGAGCGGCUCCCCAUGGCGAUCCUCCCGUGAAGCCAGUGGCGCGACCGCCGCUGCCCGAUCUCAUUUGUUGUUUGGAAAGCACGCCCUACCUGGACAACUUGAGCGUUUGUCUGAAAAACUCGCUUAAGCGCCCGCCCACCAUCUACAAUCAGCAGCGCUAUCUGCUGGUGACCAAGUACAUACAGCAGUGGGGCUUCAUUAGUGCUUUGGUUAUCACGCUCAUCUCCGGUCUGCUUCGCCUCCAUGGUUACGGCCUGCCCACCGACGAGAAGCACAACUGGCGCUUCGUGCUCAUCGAGUCUCCAGCGGCGGCUAUCAUCCCGCUGUUGCCGCUGAUCUUUCCGCUCAUGUGGAUAUCCAUGAAUUUGUGGGGAAUUGCCCGGUUGCAGUGCUUUCUGAAAACGCCACAGGCUCCUCUGGAGAGGAGUUCAAGCAAAUCGUUCGAGGAGGAUCUGGAGACGCCAUUUUACAACUACCAAAAUGUGUCGAUACUGCGUUCCAAUGUACUUCGCAUCUGGAUGGAUCUUUGGCGCGGGGAUAGUGAACUUCUGCCGCGCUCCGCAAAUCUCGUACAGGUGUUGGGCUCCAUUUCGGCUCUCUGCUGUGUGGACAAGAAGGGUAUUUUGUCGUGGCCCAAUCCCACCGCCGAGAAGGUAUUCUUCCUACACAACACGGACGAGGAAGCGCGCGAGGACGGAGCGGGCAGUCAGUCGUCGUCGCAGAGCGAGAGCGACGAUGUGCCGGACGUGGACGAGGAUCACAAGGAGCGGGGCAUAGUGGCCGAAGUGCUGGACCUAACGCACGACCAGCACUGCCCCUUCCGUCUGGAGUUUGACGAUCACGAGUGGAAAGCACACAUCAAGUCAUUGAAGCCACUGGGCCUCGCCAUUUUGCUAAACACCUGUUCUCCGCUUACCCACGAGCAUUACGCACAAUUCUGUGGCCAUGUAACUGCCGUGGCCAUGCUCGACAAAGAUCUGGUGCCUGUGACUAAUCGGUAUGCGUAUGCACUCAUUGAGUCGAGUAAAAGCUUUUUGCAUGGGCGCUGUCUCUGCGAGCUGGCCAAGCAGAUUGGAUUCACCGACCAUGCCACGGAUCGGUUCGCACUGGAGGGUCAGCUAGCUAGCUACCGGCAUUUGCAACCGGAUGUGGUACGCAGGGACAUUCGCUUUGCCCGGCAGUUGCAGCUGUCCUCCAAGGUGAAGGUUCCGUUUCCGCAUUCCCUAUCAGUGGUUAUGCGCGAGAAUCCGGGUGGCUAUCUGUCGCUUUUCACCCAGGGCACGGCGGACAUCAUCUUGGACUGCUGCGAUGACUUUUGGGACGGCAUGGAUCUGCGCCCACUCUCCGCCCAGGAUCGCAAGCGGGCAUUGGACUUUUACCAGCGCAGUGCCUUGACCUCCUACUGCACGGCCUUUGCGUAUCGGCCUCUAAGGCACGGCAUCCACGGAGCCCUGAGCGGCCCCCAGCGAAACGGAGGCGAGUGCUUGUAUCUGGAGCUGCCGCCGGAGUCAAAGCUGCGCAUGCAGCACGUGGACAAGACGCACUGCGACUUCCAGGGCGGACACCAUGUCAAGCUGAGCCACAGCAUCAGCACUGAUUCACUGCUGUUCUCGGAGAGCAAGGACGAAGAGUGCAACGAUGUGGAGGGCUGCUUCGAAAUGCAGUGCCAUCAGGUGUUUAUCGGCAUGGUGACAAUGCAGUACCAGGCGCAGAACGAUAUCGUUCGGCUGGUGGAGCAUCUGGAACGGGCCUGUAUUCGAUUUGUGCACUUUAGCAAGGAGAACGAGCUGCGCUCGCGUGUCUUUUCCGAGAAAAUGGGUCUCGAGUCCGGCUGGAACUGUCACAUAUCGCUGCUAAGCGAACCGGAGCCCGAUGGUGAAAAGGAUCGGAUCACUGCCAAGGCCAAGGAGUUGCCGGAACAUAUUGGUAAACCCCAAGCCACCACCUCAACCACUGCCACCACUACCACCACCACCACCACAACUGACCAUGAGAAUAGCCAUCAUCCCAGUGCCAAAGUCAUGUACAUAUCGCCCCCAGCACCCGCACCUGCCACCGCAUCCGUAUCCGAGUCCAUAUCUGCAGCUAAAGCCACUGAAAUUGUAGGUGAUGGCCCAGAAAUAAGCUAUCUUCUGGGGCCGCCAACCAAUCUGGAGUCCUCGAAAAACCUCAGCUCCUCGGCACCGGGUGCCAUCUCCAACCCAGAUGAGUGCAAUCCACUGAAUACUGCCCUCCAAAACGAGGGUCCCCAAUCCCCGGAUAGCGAGGGCAGCAAGGACAGCUCGCAAGGUAGCACCCCGAAGAACAAUCUGCCCGGAGACUCUGAGCUGGAUGCGGAACCCGAUCCCAGCAAGCACAGGCAGCGCCAUUCGCUGGACUCCGCCAUGGACGAAAACUGCCGCUCACUGAGCACACUCACAGAAAGCACAGACCAGAGUGCACCCAUCAACUUUGACAUGUCCAACAGGGCGAAGCUGCCCAGAGGCAUUGAAAACAUAAGGCCACAUUUGGAGCAGGUGGACAACGUGCCUCUGCAGGUUUCACUGUUUACGGACUGCUCUGCGGAGGCCACACGCCAGAUGCUGGACAUCAUGCAGUCGUACGGCGAGAUCGUUGUCUGUUUGGGAAGUUCGGCGAGCAAUGCCAACGCGGACAUUUUUCUUCAGGCUGACUGCAGCAUAGCCGUGGAGCCUCUAUACCCGCAGGUGUGCCAGGACGUGGACGCCUACACGGAGGCGAACAUUGCGCAAAACAAACUCUUGUGGCAGCGACAGGCUGGGAAGUCCAAGGCACACGAUGAUGAGCAGCUGCUGGAGGGCGGGCUUCAGGGUUUCGCUAUGCAGUCACCCGCUCACACCAUCUCGCCACUGUACCUCAGCCGGCUACUCAACUCCCUGCCCUGCUCCAUUGCCGUUUGCCGCGACGACCCGCUUUCGCUGGUGGCCAUAAUUGAGCUGUCACGGCGCUUCUCUCUGGGUCUUUGGAAUUGCAUUCAAUACUGGGCCUGCUGUGCCGGCUCUAUCUCCAUUCUGAACGUGCUGUGCGCGUGCCUCUCACUGCCGCCGCUCCUCACCCCGCUGAUGGCCAUCUAUCUGAUGUGCGUUCCGGUGCCGCUAAUAGCCUUCUCGCUAGCCCACAUCGACGUGGAUCCAAAGAUCAUGAAUCGGGCCACCGGCAAAAAGCAGACGGAUUAUGAUUCACGAGCGUUUGCCUUUGUCAUGUGGUGCUACGGCUGCAAGUUUAUCAUUCUUCUCGCAUCUUUGCUUGUUUCCUACUGGAUGUUCUUGCCUAAGCCACAAUUGAGCCCUGUUAUUGAAACUACAGAAGAACCUGUAUUGGAACGCGAGAAAGAUGAUGAUGAUGAUGACAAGGACUUUUAUCAGUUUUUAUACUAUGCUCGAAGCUGUGCCGUACUGGGCAUAAUCCUGCAUUUUGUUUUCAUCUCUGUUACUUUUGUUCACCGCGAUCAUGCGCUCUGGCAGCGCAAUCCCUUCUCCAAUCGUAUCUGGGCUACUACCUGUUUGUUUUUAGUCCUUGCCCAUGGUGUAAUAUGCAGUGUCCAACUGCUUCUUCAUGAUUUUGAGGAACAGCUGCCCAAUCUAUGGGUGGCCUUGUUAAUCUUAUUUGGAGGCAGUUUGCUGAGUAUGAUUGUCAGCGAGCUGGCCAAGUUCCAGGAGAACAAGGUUAAUGCGCGCUAUCAGCGUCGAGCGCGUCUUGACUUUGGCACAAAGUUGGGAAUGAACUCGCCCUUCUAAGAAUCACGGCUAAGACUUACCAAACGAAAAGACGCCAAUGUUACACAUGUACUUAGUGCCAAGGCUGUAUAUAACACCACCACUCAAAACGCUUCUUCUUAUUAGUUUUACCAUUCUUCCGACUAACCAUUGGGACUAUGAAUACCGUCGCUGUUUCUCCCAACAUAUGCUUGACUUUUUUUUUCUUCAGCCUCGUUAUUUCGCCCAUUUAAAGUAUUUGACACCACCAUAAAGUAACGAAACACAUUUGUUAUUCUUGUUUCUAAAACUAUUUGUUCCGAGUUCCUUGUUUCAAUAAUAUGACUUUGUGUACUAACAUUUAAAAGACUUGCAAUUAUUGUAUGAAAUAUAUGUAUGGUAAAUCUU